ACUUUCAAAACUCGCGCUCCAUUAAAUUAGUUUUAUUUUGAAACGCCACGGCGCAGCGCCAGUCACGUGGUAUAUUCUGCCACCCACGUUUGGAUUGUGGGUAAACAAUCAUACGUUCGGCUGCUGUUUUGAUCGGGUUCCAUAUUCCUUCCCGUGGUGCGAGACGUGAUGUCUUCACAUUCACAGUCUCAAGAAAGUGAUGCUUGGGCUCUUUUAGCCCUUAAAUCAGCACCGGCGAGUCCAACAAAACUGCAAUGGAGUCCAGAAAGCAAAGGAACUGUAAUCGCAAGAUUAGAAGGACGAGAAUUCGAGUAUAUGGUGAGGCAGAAAAGAAUCAUCAUAGGCCGAAAUAGCUCUCGAGGUGAGGUCGAUGUAAACAUGGGACACUCUAGUUUCAUUUCACGAAAACAUCUUGAGUUAUUUUUCGAACAUCCUAAUUUUUAUAUGGUGUGUAAUGGGAAGAAUGGUGUUUUUGUUGAUGGCGUAUUCCAAAGAAAAGGAGCUCCUCAACUACAGUUACCUAAAACUUGUACGUUUCGGUUCCCAAGUACAAACAUACGGUUGGUGUUCCAGUCCCUGGUGGAUGAAGCGGACCCACCACUAAAUGUAGCCAACAAAUCUGCGAGAGCACCCCUCCCCCCAUUGCGCAUCAACAUACCUGAUCCUGACAGUAACUUUACCUCCCCUUUCCCAUCUCCCACAGGAACCAUCAGUGCUGCCAACUCCUGCCCGGCAAGCCCACGUGGUGGGCAUGGGCGGCGCAAUGUCAGCGUGGACUUGCAGAUGGCAGCAGCAUAUGCGGCAGCAGUGGCAGGCCCACAUGGGGUUAUCAACACCGUUACCGUCUCCACCUCCAACUCUCACGAUGAUCGUGGAGAAGUGCUGCUCGAUGGCUCUAGCCAGAUGAGCGAGAAUGAGAGUAAACUCUUCAGACCGAGCAAUGGCUGCCCUCCACCUAUUUCGGAGCCUUACAGUCCACCGAAGAGGGGAGACGGCCAGGAAGACACAAAGCCGCCAUAUUCGUAUGCUCAGCUGAUCGUGCAGGCGGUGGCAUCGGCGCAAGACAAACAGCUGACUCUCAGUGGUAUCUACUCGUAUAUCACCAAGAACUACCCUUACUAUCGUACAGCGGACAAGGGCUGGCAGAACUCGAUAAGGCACAACUUGUCGCUGAAUCGGUAUUUCAUCAAAGUACCUCGGUCCCAAGAGGAGCCAGGGAAAGGUAGUUUCUGGCGCAUAGACCCACAAUCCGAAGCUAAGCUGAUAGAGCAGGCGUUUCGGCGUAGACGUCAGCGCGGUGUGCCCUGCUUUCGUGUUCCCUUCGGUCUGUCGUCCAGGUCGGCACCUGCGUCGCCCAGCCACGUAGGCAUGUCUGGAUUGAUGACACCGGAAUCACUGUCUAGAGAAGGUUCGCCUACUCCAGACUCGACAGUGAACUCUCCUGUCAUCUCCAGUCAGUCAGCACCCGGCUCUCCUGGACACCCUGGAGUGACGUUUGUCAGCACGGUAGGAAGCAAGCCUCGAGUCAUGCAGCACAUCACCCUCGUCACCAAUGGUGAUGUCCCAAGAGAAGGUUGGCCGUGGACUGUUACAGACAAAUAUGGGCCAAGUGGGCAUCAGGUGAUGGAGGAACGGUCCGACUCGCCUUCUGUCAUCGUGCAGACGGCAUACAACUACUCAGGUCAGUUCUUGUCACCGGCGGAGGGGGCAGGACUGAAGCGGGGGCUGGAUGAAGGAGGAGGGGGGGAGUUACAGAUCAAGCGGGAGAGAAUAGAACAGGAUGCAGAAUUAGAGCACUCGUAAUCUGAAUGUGGAGCAGACCACCACAGCGUUUCCUCUCUCUCGGCAGUGCAGCAAGCCUGGCGGGAACCCCGCCUGCCCCUGGCCCAACCAUCUUAUUUCCUUGAGAGAUGCUGAGUCGUUAAUUUAAAUUUUUAUCACUAUGUCCUUUUGUUUGGCGAAUUUCCUUUCUUUUUACCUCCGGGGGUAUCCGGUUAUAACUGCGUGUACGAGAGUGGGGACACCGUAGUCCCUAUAGCCAUACGUUGUACCAUAGCUCCAUACCUCACCGCAUUUCAUCCGUGUUGUAUAUAUUAUAUAUAUACUACAAGUGUACUUUAGUCCAUUGAUUUGUUUUUAGGUGUACGCAAUCAAAAGUUUAAAUAGAUUUUUUGUUUUCGACGUGCAAAAUCGAUUUUGUUUAAAUUAUUUUAACGCACCCGCAACGUACGACGUUGAACGUUGACGACACUUGUAGAUUGUGUGUGUAAACGUAGGGCGACACGGCAGCUUUUCACCAGGCGGAUUUUUGGUGGUUUAAUGAAGUCCGAGGUUAAGGCAAAUAUGAGAAGGUCGUUUAUAAAGAACAUUUGGAAUAAAUUGUUCUUGUGUUGAUCUAUAACUUUAUAACUAAAAUUGGUAACAACACUUACCGAAGUUUGAGUAUCUUUGAUUUUAUAUAUGAGCUUUAUAGUGGCAUAAUACAAAUGCAUGUAAGGUAUUAAAUAAAUGAUCACACUUGAGAAACUACACUUAACAUAUUGACUGCAGAACCAAUCACAGGAGUUCUGUUAGUAGCUGUGACAUACCACUGAUGCUGCAGUUAAUGUGUUAAAGUUAGUAUUUACUAAAAAAAUAUUUUUAUGACAAAAUCAUGAUAGUGUGACAGAAUUUGACUGUAAAAUGAGUAAUCACAAGUCUCUGUUCAUUAUCAGGAUUGAUGAAAAGUAUCUAAAAAUAUUGCUGUUAGAAAGCCAUGAAUAGGUACUGUAAUUGACAUUUUUUCAUGUGUAAUUGAAAAUGUAUUUUGUAAACUCAAAGCACUUAAAAUUCUGUUGGAAUACAAAAGUCCACCAAUACCUAAUAUUUACAAUUAAAAAAAUGUAAUAUCUCCCUUCUUUUUUUGUAAAUCCAUUGUAAUUUUCCUCAUAUCCUAUCCAUACUUAUCUAUACUUUCCCCUAACUCCUUUGCUUUGAGAAGAGGACAAUAAAAUUAAUUUAGAUAGAAUAUGUAACCACCAACUGUAACGCUGAAUGAAGAACUGCCAUUCCAGAAUCGCGAUGCUGUGACUUGUGUAUGUCACAGAUUGUGAACUGUGGCUUGUAGAUUAGCAGUCACCAUCACCUAGCUUCCUCACUCAAGCCCUUGUACCUUCCGUUGUGCGAUUGUGAUCGGCGAUUCGGUCAGGUAGUAGGACCAGUGGUCGGACUGAAAUAAUUAAUCGAGUAUGUUGCGUAACAAACCAAUUUUUAGUUCGGUGCCAUCUUAAUUUCUAAUUUUUUAAGUACAAGUUCGUGAUUGGUUAUUGUCAUGCAGCUGCUUUGUUUUAGGCUAUCAAUUUAUUUGCUAAUUCAUGUUUGAGGUCUCUAUACACAAUCUUGCUGUGGGGAAUAACAAUGCAUUGAACACAAUCUUGCUGUGGGGAAUAACAAUGCAUUGAAUUUUGAAGAGGAAACAUAGAUUAAAAUGUUGGAAUCAAAAUGAAAAUAUUUUUGAAAUUUAAGUUUAAAUGAGUGAUUUCUGCUUAUAAUUAGUUCUUCCACAGAUGGGCUUUUACUGUCAUAUUAUGUAUGGAUAGUGAUUACUGUCUUUGCACCUAUGUAACAAAAGUCUUGGAUCAAAGAAUAAGGUUGUCCCCCAUAAACUUUUUUUACAUUUACAAAUUAUUAUAAUUCCUUAUGUUAAAACCCGUUUCUUGGGAAGUAAUCUUAAUCUGUACAGGAAAAUACAGUCUUAAAAAAACUUGGUUUCUGGAACAACCAAGUUGACUACAGCAACAACGAAAUACAGCACAGUUUAUAUUUGUAGUUGUAUCACGCCUCUGAAAUUUUGUCGCUGUUAAAUUAUUGUUCAUAACUUCUGAUGAUGCCAACAAAAAAUAAAAUCUUUGUAAGAAGUGUUAUUACAUUUUUAUAACUUGGGUUUUUUUUAUUCAGAGAAAAUUGUUUUCUGAUGAAAAUCCUUUUAUUAACAACCUGAAUAACAAUGAUUACAGGUUUAUUGCCUACUUAAUAACAUUCAAAGUAUAAAAUUAUGAGAAAAUUAUAAAUCAAUUCAAUUAGUUUGUUGCUGAAGCCAUAAAUACUUUCUUAAGUUUUACUUCUGCCUGACCCAGAAUCGCCGGUUUUCUGUAGAGAUUAAAAAUAGCUAUUGUUAUUUCUUAUGAUUCUCAUUUUUUUUAGAAAUCUUUGUUUUGUAAAAGUAAUUUUUGUUGUGAACACCAGAAACCAAAAUGAUUGUUAUAAGUUUCAUGUCAGAGACAUGUGCUGUCUAUACUAUUUUAUUUCAUCAUUCUGUCACUAUUAUUCAUAUAUUAGAUAGGUAUUGAUUGUUAAUACAUAUAUGAGAUUGAAUUUUAUUAUUGUUAUUUUUAGUUUGUUUCGCCUAUGUAUUAUCAUCAUAUAUAAAGUUUUAUUUUAUUCAUUGGAUCAUAAUAUUUUUAAACCAUUUUUCAUUCAAAUGGGAUUUUUGUAAAAACAAACUUAGGUGUCUUAUAAUAAUGAAAGCUACCUAGUCAAAAAGUUGAUAUACAUUUUGUAGCUCUUGUGUUAUUUAUAAAUUUAUUUUCACAUAAUAUUCACCAAAAUCAUUAUGUUCUUACUUUAUUUUUAUUUGUUUCUGUUAAUUUAUUUUUCUCUAUAUUCUUGUUUAAUAUUUUAACAAACUUUUAAAAUCAUAUUGAAAGCAUAAUUUUAUAAAUAGUUAUAUACCAGUGUUUAUUUUGUAUAAAGGUAUAAAAACAAGAAAUUGAGCUUUAAUCGAAAUGUUGCUCUGUAAAGACAGAUGUCCGGUUUAUAAAUGUUAUUUUAAGAUUUGACUUAAAAUUAUUCAUGAAAUGAAUGUGUUAGAUAUGUCAAAUAUUUAACUUUAAUUUUACCUUUUUGAAUUAUUCAGCAAAAAUAUAAAUUUGUAAUUAAUUAUUCUUGAUCAGAACCUUAUGUCACUAAAUCACAACUUUUAAUAUUUUCUUGAUUAACGAAACACGUUUGCUCUUUUGUUUAGUCUUGAGCGAAGCCAGGAGAUAAAUAAAUUAGGACAGAAGGACGUGUUAGUCACGUCGAGUUUGUGAUAUACGAAGCCGUUGUUUCAGCAUUAAUGUUUAUUUGUACAUCAUAGAAUGUUUCAUUAAUAAAGGGUAUUGGAAUUGC